CACACGUCACGCUGCCGUCACGUCGGUGUCGGGCUGGAGAUUCGCGGCGAUGGCGACGGGUCGGUGUUGCAAAGGGACGCAGUGAAGCUGGAUAUGACUAUUCUUUAUUUGAUCGACGUUUGUUUGCUGCUUAAUAGCUGCACGGAUUGUGGAUGAAUCAGCGACUGGGGGCUUUUGCCGCGUCUUUUCCGGAUUUCCAUGUCUGACUUGUAAGCGGCCGCAUUGAACACAACAGGACUCCAGCUUUCUCACUAAGCGUCUACGACUGGUGCAGGCCGACGUUCCUCUUCCGGGUGACCCACACUCCCUCACCAUGGUUCAAAAUCCAGAAUGGCGGCGACUUGAGGAAAAAUAGAUUGUUUGUGUAACAAGAAAUAAGCAACGAUUUCAAUUCCCAGGAGGAGGAGGCCCAGCAGAGUCUGGAGUGUAUCCAGGCCAAUCAGAUCUUUCCCAAAAAGUCGCCCGUCCUGGAGGAGGAAAACAUGCAGGUGCCCUUUCCGGAGCUGCAUGGGGAGUUCACUGAGUACGUGGGGCGAGCGGAGGAUGCCAUCAUCGCCAUGUCCAACUACCGCCUCCACAUCAAGUUCAAAGAGUCUGUCGUCAAUGUUCCUCUUCAGCUUAUCGAGAGUGUUGAGUGUCGAGAUAUGUUCCAGCUUCAUGUCACCUGUAAAGACUGCAAAAUUGUCAGGUGUCAGUUCACCACCUUCGAGCAGUGUCAGGAAUGGUUGAAGCGUCUGAGUGCGGUGGUCCGGCCUCCAGCGCGCCUCGAGGACCUGUUUUCUUUUGCCUUUCACGCCUGGUGCAUGGAGGUGUAUGCUGGGGAGAAGGAGCAGCAUGGGGAGCUAUGCCGACCAGGUGAACACGUGACCUCUUGGUUCAAAAAUGAAGUGGAGAGGAUGGGCUUCGACACGCAAAACGCCUGGAGGAUAUCAGACAUCAACAGCAAGUUCAGGCUCUGUCCCAGUUACCCCCAGCAGCUCCUGGUCCCGGCCUGGAUCACUGACAAAGAGCUGGAGAACGUGGCAGGCUUUCGCUCUUGGAAAAGAUUUCCCGCUGUGGUGUACAGACACCUGAGCACUGGUGCGGUGAUUGCCCGUUGUGGUCAGCCUGAGGUGAGCUGGUGGGGCUGGAGGAACGCGGAUGACGAACACUUGGUGCAGUCCAUCGCUAAAGCCUGCGCUGUGGACGGCUCCUCCAGGAAACAUCUCACCAACGGAGUCCAUAGCAACGGCACUGAACUCAGUGACACAGACUUCGAAUCGUCAAUGACCAACAGCACAGAGGUGGAGUCGUUAGCCAUCCAGCCUCACAAGUUACUGAUCCUGGAUGCCAGAUCGUAUGCAGCCGCUGUGGCCAACCGCGCUAAAGGGGGAGGCUGCGAGUGCCCAGAGUACUAUCCCAACUGCGAGGUGGUCUUCAUGGGCAUGGCUAACAUCCACUCCAUUCGCAAGAGUUUCCAAUCUCUGCGUUUCCUUUGCACCCAAAUGCCUGAUCCAGCAAAUUGGCUGUCUGCCCUGGAGAGCACUAAGUGGCUGCAGCACCUGUCCCUGCUGCUGAAGGCGUCUCUGUUGGUGGUGAACGCCGUUGACAGAGACCAGAGACCCGUCCUGGUGCACUGCUCUGAUGGAUGGGACCGGACUCCUCAGAUUGUGGCUUUGUCCAAACUGCUCCUGGACCCCUACUACCGCACCAUAGAGGGUUUCCAGGUCCUGGUGGAGACAGAUUGGCUGGACUUUGGUCAUAAGUUUGCAGAUCGUUGUGGACAUGGGGAGAACUCUGAGGACCUGAACGAGCGCUGCCCUGUGUUCCUCCAGUGGUUAGACUGUGUGCACCAGCUCCAGAGGCAGUUUCCCUGCUCCUUCGAGUUCAACGAGGCUUUUCUGGUCAAACUGGUGCAGCACUCGUAUUCCUGCCUGUUUGGGACUUUUCUGUGUAACAGCGGCAAAGAACGCGAGGAUAGACACGUACAAGAGAGGACCUGCUCCAUCUGGUCCCUCCUGAGACCAGCCAAUCGCACGCUCCGGAACAUGCUCUAUUCUUCACACUCCGAAACUGUGCUACACCCGGUGUGUCAUGUCCGAAAUCUGAUGCUGUGGACAGCAGUGUACCUGCCCAGCUCUUCCCCCACCACCCCCUCAGAUGACUCCUGCGCCCCUUAUCCCCUCCCAGGAUGCAAUGGGGAGGAGGCGCCCCUGGGCAGACGCACAAAGACUCGCUCAUUUGACAACCUCCCAAGUGCAUGUGAGAUGGGCAGCCCUCUGCCCGCCAACAGACGCUCCAGUGACCCCAGUCUGAACGAGAAGUGGCAGGACCACAGACGCUCCCUGGAGCUCAUGGCAGGGCCAGACCAGGAGACCCUGGCCAAUGGAGUGGGGCCGUACUCAGACAUAGUGGACUCUGAGAGGGAUGACAGCCCACAGCCCUGCCCUGUGGAAGGCCCCUGCUAUGACAAAGGGGACGAAAAAGCAGAGCUGUCAGUGGCCGUUAGUGAGGGUCAGAUGGAGAACAUUCUACAGGAGGCCACAAAAGAAGAGGCCGGGUCAGAGCCCAGAGAGGAUGUCCAUGCUGUCAAUCACACCCCUGACCAGGACAUGUCUUCAGAGACACCUUCAGAGGUCCAGCCUGAGCUUAAUGUGAAUGGGACCAAGGAGGUGGUCACUAAUGGACACCCGCCACAAAAUGGCGUCUCAUCUGAAGAGGAGGAUGAGGAGCAGUGCCCUGCGACAGACCCGGAAGUGGCUCUUGUGGCUCGAGAGCUGGUGAAGAGGGUGGUGGAGCGCGUGGAGCGUGAGUCUGUAGCUGGGUCAAGUGAUUCAGUGGAGCACAGAAAGACUGUAGAGAAUGGCUUUAGUAAUGGGACAUCUGAGGAGGAGCACUGCCAAAGCUCUGAUACAGGGGGCGCUGUGGAGCUAGACAAGAGGGCCUCUCUGAUGGAGAGCUCCACAGAGACUUUGACAGAGGAGGCAAACAGCCGUCUGGAGCCACUCUGCACUGCCCGAGUGUCCGGCCCCAGGACGGAGCAGGAGGCGGAGCAUGGCUUCAGGACUUUAAACGGGGGGGCUAAGCGCCCCUCUGUCAGUGCCUUCCAGUGUGUGAGCGGCGAUCCCCGUAACGGUGUCUGUAACGGGGAGAGCUCAGAAGGAGAUGUGUGUGCAGCAUCCCACUGGGGCAAAGGCGAGCGUGCCCCUCUGAGCCGACAGGUGUCUGUGGCCAGCUGCAGCUCCCUGACCCUCACUGCGCGGGGUGUCCCGCACCGGUGCUACCACACGGGGGCAGCACGCGCACCUACCAGCCCCGAGCAGCCAUCUCGGAGCCACCUGGACGACGAUGGCCUCACACUGCACACAGAUGCCAUCCAGCAGCGGCUCAGGCAGAUCGAGGCCGGACACCAGCUGGAGGUGGAGACCCUUAAGAAACAGGUCCAGGAGCUGUGGUCCCGACUGGAAAACCAGCAGCACCUGGGCCUGCACCGGACCAACGGGGACCUGGGGGAUGAGCUGACCUCGAUGACAGAUUCCGAGUUCAACCUGGACCCCAACUGUCUGUCCCGCUGCAGCACGGAGCUCUUCUCUGAGGCCAGCUGGGAGCAGGUAGAUAAGCAGGAUGCUGAGGUGACUCGCUGGUACCCAGACCAUUUAGCGGCGCAGUGUUACGGCUGUGAGAGCAGGUUCUGGCUCGCCACCAGGAAACAUCACUGCAGCGACAGAGAGCGUGUCCAGGAGGUCUGGAACUGUGGUAACGUGUUCUGUGCCAGCUGCUGCGACCAGAAGAUCCCGGUGCCAAGUCAGCAGCUUUUUGAGCCCACCCGCGUCUGCAAAACCUGCUACGGCAACUUGCAGCUAGGCCCCGCCUCUCGAGAACUGGACCUGGACACGCCCAUCGCGGCCAGCUCCAACUGAGGACUCCCCGAGAAACCUAGAAUGUCCCAUGAACUCGAAAAAAAAAAAAAAAAAAUGUGUGCUGCGAAAAUAAAACUUGAAUGUGUAAAUAGAGGCUUAUAUUUCGGAGCGCUGGACAGUGGCGGGACGGUGCCUUGGAGCGGGAGGAGGUCGAACACUGUGCUGCUGUUGUAGUACUGAGACAUUUCAUCUCUGAACAAUCCAAAAAAAACACAAUCGACCAAUCAGCAGCCAGAUUGACACAGAGGAAGAAGCCCAUUGGUCAGUUCACCCAAAUGAGAAAAGCACAGUAGACUUUAAUCAGCACUAUAAAAAGUAGCACUAUAUUUAAAAAAGAAGUUUGGGUCAGUAAUAGAACCUGUGACAUUGUCCAUCCAGAUAGUGCUGUUGGCUUUUGGUCCAUGGUGUAUGUUGUUAAAUUAAGUUAUCAGAAAGAUCACAUUAAUAUAACCACAUGAUGAAGUAUAUUUCCAAGCAUAUAUUAAUUUAAUUAUACAAAAUAGUUUUGAUGUUUUGACUUGAACGUUCUCUGGCCAAAAAAGUAUGAAGAUCUUCUAAAUGAUUAUGUUAAUAUUAGAUUUUUAUUUUUUUAAACUUUUUUUUUUAACAUUUGGGUGAACUGAUUCAUAAACUUGAGAUUUAAAAAAAUCAGCAAAAAAGUCUUUUGAGACCUGCUGAGAGUCAGUGGUCACAUGACGCAUUGAAGUCUCUUGGCUCAUCCUCUUGUUUCCCCCGUCAUUCAAUCCUACCCUUUUGGAUUUACCCAGCAGGCACUGGGAGCUAAACAAUGUUCGCGUUUCAGUCCAUCACAGUUCAAUCACAGUUAGGUCCACAGAUAUUUUUUCAACUAAGUCGUAGCAGUUUACACUAACAUAAGAAUAGUAUCUCUAAAUAAAAUAGAUGACAAACAAUAAUUCUCGAGAAGUGACAUCAUUUUCCAAAUUAUAGUUUUAAUCAUAUUGAAUCACUGCAGAAUUUGCUUAUUAAGAGAUCGCCGUCUUAAAAUUGUCUUUGCAUUUAAUUAAACCUGAAGUCUGGUGAUUUGUGGCCUCACUUGUAAUCUCUCUGAUUGACUGAAUCGUAGAGCAGGGCGGCGGCUGCAGAAAGGGCUUUUCUCUUGGCUUAUUUUUUCCGCAAAAGUCUGUAAAUGUUUCGAAAAAAUACCAUGAUUCACUUCCAGCACCUCUGCCGCUGAUGUCCGUUCAUCGACCUCCUUGCACACCCCUAGCUCUCUCUCUUUUUUUGUAAAAUAAAUGAAUAAAAUAAUAUAUUCAGAUACCUAUAUAGCAUUUAAGAAAGUGUAUAGAAUCCUUGAAUAGUGGCUCACUAAAUUAGUCACCAAAAAGUUUUUUGUUUUUUUUUUAUUUCUGUUUUCUUAAGUUGUUAUUGCAGAAAAUACUAUAUAUAUUUUGCGACCUGUUGAAAAUGACAGAUGUUUUUGUUUUUUAAUAGAGACGCAGGGUGUUUCCUGUUUUGAUGCUGCAGUGGUUUGUCCCUUUGAAAUGCGAUCCUUACUUUGAUGAUUUUAUUUAUUGAAGUUUUCAUUUUUGAAUUGCUGUUUUGAAAGAAAAAAAAUUCAGACAAUUCAUUGCCACAAGAUAAUCAGUGUUUACGAAGAGGAAAAUAAUUAAAAGUUACACUGCUGGGUCCAAAUGACAGCGCCCAGUGACGCUAAAGUUUAGUUAAAAUGAGAGAAAGUGGAUAAGCUAUGCACUGACAGAAGCAUCACACAAGCGUCACUAAUGAUCACAGUCAUAACAAGCCCAUUCAGAUGCACUCCAAACUCUACCUCUGUCUGCAAAUGAUCAUAGCAAUACAUGUUGUCAUCACCUAUAUACUUAAUGUUAUGUCACAAUCGCAAAUGUAAGAAUUUUUGCAGUGGGGUAUAUUUAGGAACCACAAAAACAUCAAGAUUAUGGAUGAAUUUUAAAAUUGCGUUGUUGAUGAAUAGUAUUAAACUAUAUAAAUACAUAUUAUGGUUUACACUAACUAUUUUGGUCAAACUAUGAAGACAAUACAAACGUGUAAUAAUAAUAUAUGUACUCUAUUGAUUUGGAUACAUAUCAACAACAAAUUAUGAAAUAAAUUUUCCAGAUGCAAUAGCAAAUUGAUAAUCUUACAUAGAUUGGACUACAUUUUGUGCAUGGCUCAGAGUGAUUUUGUGGCUUAAACAAAACAAAAAUAAAACCUCAGUACAAUAAAAUUGCUAUUAUAUUUUGUCAUUACUCAUCCAUUUUAAUGAACCUUCAAAUUCUAGCUGGAUAAAUGAUUGAGUAGUGUUUUGAUUUUAUUUUUCUAUUAGUUCUUGAAAGAUGACUGAUGCCACAAAAACCAAAGCCAAGCGUAAAACUGUCCUAACAUGAUUCUUUCAAAAUGUUCUUUCAUUUUUGAUAAGUUUAAUUUUUGAAGAACCAUUCAUUCAAACAAUUUAUUUUUAAACACUUUUCCAAUCCACACUCACUUUUCCUAUCAAAAAUCCAUAAUGUGAACUAUCAUUUUGCACGAGAAGACACUGCCACUGAUUACAUUCAUCUCAUUAUGUUUCAAUUACGUUUGGUGCUGUUUAUGUAUUGUUUCAGCAGAGGGCGCUGUUGUUUUAGCUAAAGACCACAAAUGAACCAUUCUCUUGUGUUAUUUUCCUCCAAAUUCAGCUCUUUUGUUUUUAUUUAAUUUUUUUUUAAUUUUUCAUUUCUUUUUUCCCACACUUCCUGACGCGUCCCUGCAUUCAUGGCCCAGUAUCACACGCGCUUUGAAUCACGCGCGAAAUUCCGGAAGCAUUUGAACUGGCGCGUUUUGGAGGCUGGUGCCAUGCUGUUUUCUUUACGAGUAUCUCUCUCUCUCUCUCUUUAAGGGAUAACUCGUGCUUAUUGUGGUUGGUUUAAAUUCCUCCAAAUCGUCUUUCUCCCUUUUGGUUUUCCUUCUGUUUUGAGUCAAGCACUUUCCACCUCCUCGUAUCCGCAGAGGAGUGUGUAGCUGUACAUAGCGACUCCUGUAACAAGUGCUCCUUGUUCGGUCUGAAUAUUUUGUUUUGUUGGAUUUACUUUAAAGAACAUUACAUUGUUGUAGAUUUAAAGGAGAAAUAAAAUAGAUGAACUUGUGAAA